GUACAUGUAUGUCGAGAAGAAACACUGCAGAGUGUGUGCUCUAGUUUGUAUUCUCUUACUUUUCCCAACGCAUCCCGGAAAGUAUCCUCUGAUCCAGACUCACCUACCAGAGUUCAGGGCUAAAGAAGAACGAUCACGAUGUACAUCUACAUAUAUAUGUAGCUCUUUGCACACGUCCUCUUGUGUCCUUCGCCGAUAAAAAGAGAAUAGCAAGCGGUUUUCCGAAGCAGUUAGCCAUCGCUUGCAAUCACCAGUGGAUACAUUGUGGUUGACAAAAACGUAUGUUUAUCAGGCGCUGGUAUUAUUAUUCUUUGCCGGAAAAAAGAUGGCCAAAAAUCUUAUUGUUCCCCUUGUACUGUCGGCGGUGGUGACGCUCGCGCUCCUGAUUACUGUUCAUGUUGUUCCAAAGUGGUAUGAACAGUCCCGAGUCGACAGUGAUGAAUUAGGAGUUCGCCAAAAGCUAGACACUGGAAUUUGGCGAUUUUGUCGAGAGGUGAACGUGCCGAGAGUUGGAUUCAGCAGCAGUACUUGCAAUGCGUUCGACAUCACAACACCGGAGAUAUACCGUGGCCUCCGUGCGGCUCAGGCCUUCGCCAUUAUUGCCACAGUUUUCGCAGGUCUAGGCUUGAUCCUCACCCUGAUCAUCGAGUUUGACAUUACGAAGGUUGUACUUCUGAAGCUGCCGCGCAUCUUCUUCGCUGUAUCCGGUUUUGCGAUUGCCAUUGCCGCUCUCAGCUUCGUGGCCUUCAUCAGCCAGGAUUGCGAUUUUUGCAAUUCUCGCCCUGGCUUCCAGGUCAAAAAUAAGUAUGGUGCCAGUUUCAUCAUCGCAUGGAUCACGCUAGUUCCGGCCCACGUUGCAGGCCUGCUGGCGCAUUUCCAUCAUUCUGCAAAAGCUGCUGCAGCCUAAUCAUUUACAUGCAUGGGCAAUAUAAAAUUAUUCUAGUUUCUCGCUGGGCUAGCCGUCUGUAUUGCUGUUCCAGAGGAAGGCUAUAUUUGUGCAAAAAUCUAUAGUAGGCUACUAGCGCUGAUUGUCGCGGCUACCUUUUCUGCACAUGUGCAUGUACAUUGCAUACACGUCGUGUGCAUGUACAUGUAUACGUAUACAUGUACAUGUAUACGUAUACAUGUACAUGUACAUGCACACAUGCGUGACUAUUAUACACUGUCAAGUGUUGAGUGACGGAAAAUAACGUUCAAUUUGUUCAUUGCAAACCAAUCUCUGCUGUUUCUUGUCCCAAAAUCAUUCUUUUCUACCAUUCCCUCAACUUAUGAAUACCCAGCAAUAUAUUUAAAUUUUUCUUGAUUGUUAUUCAUUAUAAUAAUUUAAUAAUUUUAAUUAACUCGGAUGGUGAGCCAAUUAAAUUAUUUUGAAAAGAUGAAGGACAAAAUGUUACGAGUUA